CAGAGCCAAUAUAUCAUCCACGCCCAUGCUGCCUCCUCGCCUCGCCACCGCUGCCUUUCCCUCUUUGCUCGCGGCAAAACCCACAUGCAGUAGUAGUAGUAGUAGAAGUAGUUAGUUGUAGUUGUUUGUUGUUUGUUGUUUUUGGGCUUUCAAAUCAGGAACAACGACAGAUCCGAGGCUUUCUCGAACCGGGCAGGUCCAUCAAAUCGCAAGCGGCAGCCAUCUAAUCACCUCAUCACAUCAAAGGGGACCAAAAGGAUAUCUCUGGCUACCCCUCCUCCGCCACUCGUGUGAAAUUUCCCCUCCCUGCGUUGCCAGAUUAAGGCCGUUGCGUUAGCUCGAUCGAAGCGAGCAGCAGGCCAUACAACACACAGUGCUGCCCCUCUCUUGUCGAUCGAUCGACAGGCCACGGGGGAGUGUGCAGGUGUGGGGAUUCGAUCGGCUGGUCUGGUAACCAUCGUCUUCAUCUUCGUCUUCGUCCUCGUCCUCGUCCUCGUCGUCAACAUCAUGUCGUCCUCGUCCUCGUCGUCGGCUGUCUUCCAACUGGACCACCUCGCGCCGUCCCCAACCGAGCAGCUCUGCUACGUGCACUGCAACUGCUGCGACACCAUCCUCGCCGUCGGCGUGCCGUGCAGCAGCCUGUUCAAGACGGUGACGGUGCGGUGCGGCCACUGCGCGAACCUGCUCUCGGUUAACCUCCGCGGCCUCCUGCACCCACCGCCGGCACCGCCGGCCAACCAGCUCCACUUCGGCCCUUCCUUGCUCUCCCCCACCUCCCCCCAUGGCCUCUUGGACGAGAUGGCGUUCCAGGCGCCGAGCUUACUGAUGGAGCAGGCGAGCGCGAGUAGCCUGAGCGGCAUCACGGGCCACAGCAGCAGCAGCUGCGCCAGCAACGUGCCGGCAAUGCAAACGCCUCCGGCGAAGCCAGUGCAGCAAGAGCCCGAGCUGCCAAAGAACGCCCCCACGUCCGUGAACAGGCCUCCGGAGAAGCGUCAGAGAGUCCCAUCCGCGUACAACCGGUUCAUCAAGGAUGAGAUCCAGCGGAUCAAGGCCGGCAACCCGGACAUCAGCCACCGAGAGGCGUUCAGUGCAGCCGCAAAGAAUUGGGCCCAUUUCCCGCACAUCCAUUUUGGCCUCAUGCCGGAUCAGGGGUUCAAGAAGACGUUCAAGCCUCAGGAUGGUUCUGAAGACAUUCUUCUCAAGGAUAGCCUGUAUGCCGCGGCAGCCGCCGCCGCCGCUGCAGCUGCAAACAUGGGCGUCACUCCAUUCUAGAGCUAGCUUGGCAAGCGGCGCGCAAUGCAAGCGCCGAGUUGUUGGUGGUGGCUCUAGCUCGCUCCCAUCUCCGGCGCCAUUCUAGCUAUAUAUAGUCAGGGUUUAAUUAGCAUCAGAUCAUCAUCUAAUUAAUAUCAUGUGUGUUGCUUGAUUAGAGUACUUCUCAGUGUGUGGAAGGGAGAUGGGGAAUCCAGUUGAGUGUACGUCUAGGUUUCUGCUUAUAACUAUCCUCGUAGAGAUGUACCCCCCCCCCCCCCCCAAAAUUUUUUUUCUCUUUUUUUUUUUUUGCUUCUAACUUAUUUCCCCCUUUUGUUUCUUCCCAGACUAUCUGGCACGCCCUAUUCACCUGUAGAGUGUAGAGAAGUUGCUAUUCACCUCAUUGUACCUCAAGACGUGCUUUACUCAUGAACCUCACCUAGUAAAAUUCUAGCUAGCAACCCAUGCAUGCGUGCCUUUACUUUUCUUCAUUAAUAUUUCAUGUGUUUCUUAUUUUAAGAGUUAAAUUUUUGUGGCUGACUCUGAUGUAUUCUACUGGUAGUAGAA